AUGUUCCACUUCGAUCCCAGAGCAAAGCAAAAGAACCCCAUGGAUCCAGUACAACAAGCCUUGUCUCUAAUCCUCCAUGGCUGCAGAUUGACUAAAGAGCUUGAAGCAAGGCUCGGGGAUUUAGCCAACCAGCCCGAAACACUUUCAAAGUCAUGCGAUGAUAUCAUAAACACGUUUGCCAGUGCCAAAGAAAUGUUGAACAAUGCUCAUCCUCACCAGGGUUCAUCUCAGCAGCAGACUGAUCCCAGUUUGCAGGAAUUGUUGAAUUAUGGCGUCAUUACACAGGCAAUGGAUAUGAUUCAAUCUGGCAGAACCAGCAUUAGCAUAGGGGCAGAAAUCCAGGCCAUGGAGGUGUCGGAUUCCGCUGGAGGUUCUUCGUCCUCGUCUCAACGUUCACAUAGAAGCAGCAAGCAUGAUGAAGAGAAAUGUAGAAUGAGAGUGCCGGCUCCUCAGAUGGGGAAUACCGACCUUCCUCCGGAGGACAACUACACUUGGAGGAAAUAUGGACAGAAAGAAAUUCUGGGUUCGAGGUACCCUAGGGCAUACUACAGGUGCACACACCAAAAGUUGUAUAACUGCCCGGCAAAGAAGCAAGUGCAGCGUCUAGACAAUGAUUUUCACACAUUUGAAGUAACCUACAUUGGUCAGCACACGUGUCACAUGUCCUCCACCGCCCCCUCCAUUGCGCCGCUGAUUCAAGAUCCCAUGGCUAUGGUUUCUCAGCCUACCCUACCUCCACCGACUUCUUCUUCAUCAGUAGCUCCUUUGGGAACAUGGCUCUCAAUGGAGUUUAGUCUGGGUUCGGGUUCGAGUCCAGGUGGAAGAGGUGGCGGCGAUGCAGUUGCAUCAGCAGCAGCCGGUGGUGGUGCAGCUUCCAUGGGGAGCCGAUAUGGAAGGGAGGUUGUCGAGUUUCCGGCAGUGGCGGAUAUGGCUGAUGCAAUGUUCAAUUCAGGCAGCAGCAGCAGCAAUAGCAUGGAUUUUAUUUUUCCACAUAUGGAGGACAAAUGGGAGGCAGGCGACAAGGCAAAUUGAUUAAAUGCCAUUUAU